AUGGCAGUUAACUCCAAGAAGUAUUCAGAAAAUAAGGAGCAACUCGUUCAUAAGCGUUGUUGUACAAUGCUAUUAGCUAGGAUGAUGAAUAUUAUGAUAUUAAAAUUGAAGUUGGGAAGAUUCUGA